AUGACUCUCGCAGCAGUCGGCCAAUUUUGUGCAACCAAUUCACUUACUCACAAUGCCUCUAUUGUUGCAGGACUAGUCCAUAGAGCAGCAGCCCUGGGCGCCCAGGCUCUGUUCCUCCCUGAAGCCUCCGACUACAUUUCUGGCUCGCCUAAGGAAGGGUUGAGUCUUGCACGAAAUGCUGAAAAUUCGCCCAUGAUCGCAGCAAUCAGGGAGGCUCAAAAGGAAAUCAAACAGAGCGGAAUGUCUGGAAUUGAGGUCUCAGUAGGAGUUCAUGAGCUGUCCUCUUCUUCUGACCGGGUCAGAAACACCCUAUUGUGGCUUGAUUCCAACGGAGACAUUGUCAACAGAUACCAAAAAGUGCAUCUCUUCGACGUGGAGGUGCCCAACGGUCCUAUUCUGCAGGAAUCAAAGUCAGUAGAGCCCGGGUCUGAACUUCCCAAGCCGUUCGAGACCCCAGUGGGAACAGUUGGACCUGCUAUUUGUUAUGAUAUCCGGUUUCCUGAGCUGGCAUUGUUGUUGAGAAAGCAAGGCGCCCAGAUUCUGCAAUUUCCCUCGGCGUUUACAGUCAGAACUGGCGCCGCCCACUGGCACGUUCUUGCCCGAGCUCGUGCUAUCGAUACCCAAUGCUAUGUCAUGAUGCCAGCGCUGGUUGGAAAACACACAGAGGACGGCAAGCGAGAAAGCUACGGACACGCCAUGAUAAUUGACCCCUGGGGAACUGUUCUUGCCGAGGCCAGCGACAUAGACUCUUCGGCUGCAGUUAUUGUUGCCGAUAUCAACCUAGAGCAGCUGAAGAAGGUCAGGACCAAUAUGCCUCUGUGGGACCAGAGACGAAAUGAUGUGUAUAGCUUGCUUGAGGUGAAGAAAUAG